AUAAUAAAUUAAGUGGGAACAAUAGAAGAAGAGGGAAAAACCGCCAUGGUACAGUCCUCUCUUCGCCCACAAUGCAUUCCCGGCUAAGAGCGUUACUUGCACGCGCCGCCAGAAAAUCCGCCGCUCUUUCUUCCCCUUCAUAUUUGCGGAAUCCCCGAGUUGUGCCUAUCGCUGACUAUACUACCGUUGCCAAUGCUGUGGAAAAUUAUGUUUGGUCCAAGCACCAAAGCUUGAGUUGUCACUCUGUUGUAGUGCGGCGGCUGCUCUGUGGCUACGCUGUCGAGCAGUUCUCCGACGAUGAAUAUGAAUGCGAUUACGAAAACCACCCACCGUCAUCAUCAGUGGCAAAUAUUGAUGAGUGGAAAUGGAAACUCAGCAUGUUGUUGCGAAAUGAUAAAGAUCAAGAGAUUAUUUCUCGAGACAAAAGAGAUAAGCGGGACUUUGAACAAAUAUCCAACCUUGCCAAAAGCAUGGGGCUUUACUGUCAACUGUAUGGGAAAGUGAUCGUGGCCAGCAAGGUUCCUCUUCCCAACUAUAGGCCUGAUCUGGAUGAUAAGCGGCCUCAGAGGGAGGUUGUUAUUCCAUUGAGCUUGCAAAGAAGGGUUGAGAGUUUGCUUCAGGAACAUCUUGACAGAACAACCUUAAACUCCAAAAAAGCUGGCCAGACUUCAAAUAAAAUGGAAUCGAGCAAUCCAGCUGAAAAUGUCGAUUCAACUGAACAUGCAGACCCAUUUCUUGACGCUUCUGUCAUGGAGAAGGUUUUGCAGAGGCGGAGCUUGCGAUUGCGUAAUAUGCAAAGAACUUGGCAGGAAUCACCUGAAGGAAGACGUAUGCUGGAUUUUAGGAAAACCCUCCCUGCAUAUAGGGAGAAGGAAAGGCUUCUCCAGGCAAUUGCAAGGAAUCAGGUUGUGGUGAUUUCUGGAGAGACUGGUUGUGGUAAGACUACACAACUCCCUCAAUAUAUUUUGGAGGCAAAUAUAGAGUCUGGCAGGGGAGCAUUUUGUAACAUAAUCUGUACACAGCCCCGAAGAAUAUCAGCAAUGACUGUUGCAGAAAGAGUUUCUGCAGAGAGGGGAGAGCCUCUUGGUGAAUCAAUUGGAUAUAAAGUGCGAUUAGAGGGAAUGAAAGGCAAGAAUACACAUUUGCUUUUCUGUACCAGUGGAAUUUUGCUCCGAAGGCUCUUGACUGAUAGAAACCUGGAUGGUGUAACUCAUGUUUUUGUUGAUGAAAUUCAUGAACGAGGCAUGAAUGAAGAUUUCUUGUUGAUUGUCUUGAAGGAUCUUCUACCUCGACGACGGGAUUUGAGAUUAAUCUUGAUGAGUGCCACUCUGAAUGCUGAUCUAUUUUCUAAUUAUUUUGGUGGAGCACCCAUGAUUCAUAUCCCUGGUUUCACUUAUCCUGUAAGAGUCUGUUUUCUGGAAGAUAUAUUGGAAAUGACGGGAUAUAAGAUAACCUCAUUCAACCAAAUAGAUGAUUAUGGCCAAGAGAAGCUUUGGAAGACACAAAGACAACUUGCACCACGGAAAAGAAAAAAUCAAAUUACCACUCUUGUUGAGGAUGCUCUGAGUAAAUCAAAUUUUGAGAAUUAUAGCUCUAGAGUACAAGAGUCAUUAUCAUGCUGGAUACCAGACUCUAUUGGGUUCAACCUCUUAGAGGCUGUACUGUGUCACAUAACUCGCAAGGAACGCCCUGGGGCUGUGUUGGUAUUUAUGACCGGAUGGGAGGAUAUUAGUUGUUUGAGGGAUCAAUUAAAAGCUCACCCUCUCUUGGGGGAUCCAAAUAGGGUCCUGCUGCUUACAUGCCAUGGCUCAAUGGCAACCUCUGAACAGAAACUCAUAUUUGAGAGGCCACCUCCCAACGUACGCAAAAUAGUGCUUGCCACGAAUAUGGCUGAGGCAAGUAUAACAAUCAAUGACAUAGUUUUUGUUGUCGACUGUGGAAAAGCAAAGGAGACUACUUAUGAUGCCCUAAAUAACACACCGUGUCUAUUACCUUCAUGGAUAUCCCAAGCUUCUGCUCGCCAAAGAAGGGGUAGGGCUGGCCGUGUACAGCCAGGCGAGUGCUACCACCUGUAUCCACGAUGUGUAUAUGAAGCUUUUGCUGAAUAUCAACUCCCUGAACUUUUAAGAACUCCAUUGAACUCUCUCUGCUUGCAAAUUAAAAGUUUACAAGUCGAAAGUAUUGGAGAUUUUAUCUCUGCUUCUCUUCAGCCGCCUGAACCAUUGGCUGUUCAAAAUGCUGUUGAUUUUUUGAAGAUGAUUGGUGCUUUAGAUGAAAAUGAGAACCUUACUCAUCUUGGAAAGUUCUUGUCUGUGCUUCCGGUGGAUCCUAAGCUGGGGAAAAUGCUAAUCAUGGGUGCUAUCUUUUGCUGCUUUGACCCUAUACUGACAAUUGUCGCGGGUCUCAGUGUCAGGGAUCCUUUUCUUUUGCCUCAAGAUAAAAAGGAUUUAGCUGGAACGGCUAAGUCAAGAUUCUCAGCAAAAGACUAUAGUGAUCAUAUGGCUCUUGUUCGUGCAUAUGAAGGAUGGAAGGAUGCAGAAAGAGAAGGAUCGGCAUACGAGUAUUGUUGGAGAAACUUCCUCUCUCUCCAAACUCUUCAAGCUAUCCAUUCUCUUCGUAAGCAAUUCACUUACAUCUUGAAAGAUGCUGGGUUGCUAGAUACAGAUGGAUCAAAUUCAAUUAAUAACAGAUUAAGUCACAAUCAAUCGUUGGUUCGUGCUGUAAUAUGUUCUGGCUUAUUUCCUGGCAUUGUGUCUGUAGUGCCUCGGGAGACUACAAUGUCUUUCAAAACAAUGGAUGAUGGGCCAGUCUUGCUUUAUGCGAAUUCUGUGAAUGCACGUUACCAAACGAUACAAUACCCCUGGUUGGUAUUUGGUGAGAAGGUGAAAGUCAAUACUGUUUUCAUACGUGAUUCAACUGGAGUAUCUGAUUCUAUUCUGAUCCUGUUCGGUGGUAAACUGGAGUGUGGUGCUACGGGAGGACAUCUGAAAAUGUUGGAAGGAUAUGUUGAAUUUUUCAUGGACCCAAGCUUGGCAGAGUGCUAUCUGAAACUCAAGGAGGAGGCAGAUAAGCUAUUAAUACAAAAGCUUGAACAUCCCAGCAUGGACAUCCACAAGGAAGGUAAGUACCUGAUGCUUGCUGUCCAGGAGCUGGUGUCAGGCGACCAGUGUGAAGGGAGGUUCGUCUUUGGUCGUGAUAGCAAGAAAGCCAGAGAAUCGUGUGACAAAGAGAGGUUUACGAAAGACGGAACAAAUCCAAAGAGCUUGCUUCAGACACUGUUGAUGAGAGCUGGCCACUCACCACCCAAGUACAAAACCAAGCAUCUCAAAACAAAUGAAUUCCGGGCGCUAGUUGAGUUCAAGGGCAUGCAGUUUGUGGGGAAACCAAAGAAAAAUAAGGCCCUAGCAGAGAAAGAUGCUGCUAUAGAAGCAUUGGCAUGGUUAACCCAAACAUCUGAGAACAAUAAUGCAGAAGAUGUCAAUUCUCCGCCUGAUGUCACCGACAACAUGCUGAAACUUCUUGGCAAGCGGAGGAGGUCAAAGCGCAAUCCACAUUAAAAAGUAAGAUCAUCUGAUGAAAUUUUCUUUAUUCCAUAGUUCUGCCCCAUCAUCUGGUCUUGGAGGGAGAUUGUAUGAUAUUCCCAGGCUUUUCGUCUGUAAAUAACGUUCCCUUAAGCUCGGGGCAUUGAGAUAUGGAAGCGACCAAACUCCAUGGUGGCAAUCAGAUUUUUGGUGCCAAGUCUAUCUAUCACAUGAAAUUUGUGGCAACAUCGUGGACAGGAGAAAUUUUGGUUGGUGAUAGAUGCUGAGUUUUGAAACACAAUAGAUUGUAAUAGAUACAACAGAUAUAAAUAGGUAGAAAUCAGACAACAUUAGUUGAGGGAUAAAAGUAGCCUCUGGGAGUGUAAUUUCAAAUAUAGUUUUACUGAAUAAUCAUUAAUCAUUAUAUUUAUAAUGGAGUUUUAUACA